CUUGUCCAAAUUUAUUUACUCGACAUCACGCUCCCUUUUUGUGCGCAAAAGACGUCGACAGACCUAUCUCCUUUCUCAAAGACAGCACCGGCUCUCCAUUCGCAAUCAAUUGUACUAUUGAAGGCUCGAAUCCACAACCUCUUUUUUUAUUUCGCGCGCUGUCGAAGAAUCAGCGAAAGCAAUUGAAAUGGUCGAGGGGUUUAUACAGUUCUCCUUGAGCGAGGUGCAGCGGACGAGCAUUAUUGGCGCACUGACAGCACAUGGCGACGGGUCGGUCAAGGUGCCUUCUCUAAGCGAACUACAGCAGCUGCAGGAGGAGCUGGAACGCAUUGUGCAGAGAACCACGGCGCGCAGCACACAGCUGGAGAAGGCGCAGCUACAGUUCAAUGCCUUGAGAGACAAGGAUGCGGCACGGGCCCAUGAGCCGCGGGGCAAAGAUAUCACACAUGGAAUUAGCCAGGCAGCAGCGUCAACGUCGACACCAAGCCCAGACCAUCCGGCGAGCAAGCGCGUAAAGUUGGAAGUGCAGGCACCAAAGCCAGAGCCGCCUGCACCGGAGGUAGAUCAGGUAGAAGAGGAAAGCAGUGUCAUCAGCAGCGGCACGAUCAACCCAGCCGGGGUGGGCAACGGCAAGAGGGUUGAGAGCAAAGACACGGGCUCACCGGUGCCGCCCAAGGCAAAGCACAGUGCAGGCACACCGGUGCAGGAUGACUUUUCGCGCGUGAAGAUCCCGAACCAAGUGCCAAUCCACCAGUUCUGGACCUCUCUGGACCCGUACUUCCGGGCCAUCACCGACGAAGACUUGGCAUACCUGGAAAGCACGCCUGACGACCAGGAGAGCUAUGUCAUUCCGAAGCUGGGGCGGUUCUAUGCGUACAAGUGGGCAGAGGAGGAGGUCGCGCUGCUGAAGGCAGAGUCGCGGGGGAAAGUCAUGCCGGAAAAGUCCUUCGCUGGUACUGAUCUCGUGAACUCGGAUAUGUCUCUCAAUUCAGCCCGGCUCGCACCGCUCACUGAGCGCAUCAUUUCAGCACUGGUAGUCGAGCAACUGCUCUCUGGCGACGACAAAACAGACGGCAGCGGCAAAGUCAAAAGCGAAGACCCAGCUACGAAUCAUGCUGGCAGUCGCUCUGAUGAUGGAGCGAGCGACGCUGGCGAUGAUCUUCGACAGCUGUCGUCGAGCGGCGAUGCGGUCCCACUGGAGGAGCGGCUCAAGCGCGAGCUGCGGUACAUUGGCAUUCUGGACGACGAUGAUGUGAACUGGUCGGAUCGCGAGGACGACGAAGUAUGUGUUACAUUGCGCUCGCUGCAGCGGCAAUUGCAUGAGCAGGUCAAGCUAAACAAGGCAAGGAAGGAGCGGCUGCUGCCUAUUGCCAAAGAGUACAUUGGGUACCAGGAAUACACGCAGGUGAUUGAAGAGCUCGACAAGCAGGUCGAGCAGAGCUACGUGAAGCGACAUAGGCUGACAAAGUCGCGCAAGCGCAAGAGUGCGUCGGUGAAGCCUGUUGCGCUGUCAGACAAUGCUGUCAAUGCGAUGGACCGGCGGCGGCGCGUUAUUCAGGCCAUUGGGCAUCUGUUCCCGGCCGAAAAGUUUGCCUUGCCAACCCAGUCCAUAUUC